AUGUCAACUCAUCAGGAGAAAACAUCGAUGAACGAUUCAUCUAGUGGCGAUGAACAUCAAGAGAAAGCGAAGUUACUCAAACUUAAUCGGGAUAACUGGACUGAAUGGAAGCAAUUCUUCGUCAAUCUUUUAACUGGACGGGGUCAUGAAGAAAUUUUCGACCCAGUUUGGAUUGAAGCUCAUAAGAAGGAAAAAAUAUUCAGGAAAAAAUCUGCUCUUGCUUUUACUCUUCUUCGUCAAUGUCUCUCUUCCGAUCUUAAACCUAUCGCCGCCGCUGCAAACACUUUCACAGACGCUGUGAGAACUCCUUUGGGAUGGAUGGCAGUCCUGUGA